AUGGCUAGUCCUGGAUUUAACAAUCAGAAUAACGGGCAGCGGUUAGGCAUUACAGAACCAAUUUCAUUGGGUGGACCAACUGAAUAUGAUGUAAUCAAGACACGAGGGCUUGAAAAGUUCUUGGCAGAUGUAGGUCUAUAUGAAAGUCAGGAGGAAGCUAUUAGUAGGGAGGAAGUACUUGGGAGGCUAGACCAGGAAGAUUUCUUUGGUGAGCUGCAUAAAAUGCUAUCAGAAAUGCCUGAAGUAACAGAGAUGCAUCCUGUUCCUGAUGCUCAUGUUCCGGUGAUGAAAUUCAAUACAGAUUUAGACAUUUCGCAAGACUCAAUAUUGCAGAAUGCAGAUGAACAGACAGUUCGUAGUCUUAACGGUUGUAGAGUAACUGACAGAAUUCUGUGUUUGGUGCCAAAUAUCCAGAACUUCCGCACAACAUUAAGAUGCAUGAGAUUUUGGGCAAAGCGUCGUGGCGUUUAUUCAAAUGUCGCAGGUUUUUUAGGUGGUAUAAAUUGGGCAUUGCUUGUUGCUCGCAUAUGCCAGCUAUACCCCAAUGCACUGCCCAACAUGUUGGUCUCUCGGUUCUUCAGGGUCUAUACGCAGUGGCGUUGGCCAAAUCCGGUUAUGCUUUGUGCUAUUGAAGAAGGAUCUCUGGGACUGCAAGUUUGGGAUCCUAGAAGAUAUCCCAAGGAUAGAUUCCACUUGAUGCCUAUAAUUACUCCUGCUUAUCCUUGCAUGAACUUUAGCUAUAAUGUGUCAUCAAGUACUUUGCGGAUUAUGACAGAAGAGUUUCAGAGGGCAAAUGAAAUUUGUGAGGAGCUGAUUGCCAGUACUUCAUUCUUGGGUUGCUGUUGA